UUUUCUCCCCAGGAAAUCUUGUUGAUGGUUCUUCUUAAGAUGAAGGAGACUACUAAGUCCUACUUGGGCUACAAUAUCAGCGACACCAUCAUCACCGUCCCUGCCUACUGUGACAACUCUCAGAGACAGGCUACAAAAGACGCUGAUACUAUCUCUGGAAUGAACAUUCUUCGUGUUAGUGAUGCUGCCCAGAACCAGGCCGCUAUGAGCCCCUACAAAAUGUAA